CUCUUCCUUCGUCUAAAUAGUUAGGCCUUCCUCUCCCUCUCCCUCUUUCUCUUUUUCUUCCCUCUUAUCCUUUCUUUCUCUCCCUCAUACUCUCCCUCAAUCCCCAAACUUCCCAUCCCUAUCGCUCGCUGUCGUCGUUCAGCUGAUCUCCCUUCCGCUUUAUCGCCCUUCUCUCAACCACGAAUAGACCUGUCCAGUCAGUCCUACAGGAUCUGAUUUGGAAUCGAUACACACCAUAAACAUGUCUCCUCCUCUAUUACAAUAUGUCACGCAGGCUACCUUACCACAACACUGCGAACCGAUAUCUCCGUUCCUCGCUUCCCUAUCUUCCUAUUUCCACAUCUGCCUCCCCACACCACUUGCCCUGAUCUCCUCUGUACUGGGAACCCUGAGCAUCAUUUCUUGGUUAUUUGCCCAAAUGCCACAAAUAUACAAGAACUAUCAGCUGCAGUCAACAUCCGGGUUAUCGUUGUUUUUUCUUGUCGAGUGGUGCCUCGGAGAUAUGGGCAAUCUUUUCGGGGCGCUUCUGACCCGACAGGCGGGUUGGCAGGUCAUCGUUGCGGCCUACUACGUUUGCGUCGAUGCGACCCUCGUACUUCAGUUCUUCUGGUACACCCACUACAAGGGACAGCCGCAGGAUGACUAUAGCAGUCUCUCUGACCUAGAUGAGGACAAUGAACCUGAGAACCUCCUGGUCGGUGUUUCUGUUUCAGAAAACACGUCGGUAGCCAACUCUCCGUCACCACAGGUAGCCCCCAAGCCCGAUGCUGGGGACGUCAAAGACAUUAAAAGGUCAGCUGCCGGUGCUGUAAACACCCAGUCUCCGUCCUAUUCCAACGAGAAACGGAGCUCUUCACAACGAUCCAUUGUGAGAUCUGGCAGUGGGCUACGUGUACCGAAUGCAUCGGCCCGCACUGUGUUGGUGGCAUCCAUGCUCUGUGCUGUUGUCGCCAAUGCAGCCCCGACGGAAGUUGAUCCGAACCCUCCAUCUUCACAACUAACUUUUGAACUCCUUGGCCGCAUUUUCUCCUGGAUGUCUACUAUACUUUACCUUGGUUCGCGCCCGCCUCAACUCUACAAGAACUAUUGCCGCAAGAGUACAUCUGGCUUAUCACCACUGCUGUUCAUGGCUGCAUUCAGCGGAAACUUCUUCUACUCUGCUUCACUGGUAACCAAUCCCAACGCCUGGUACGACUUUGUUCCAUACGGCGGCGGCGGCUGGGCAGAUGCAGACGGUAAUAACCGACUAGAAUGGGUGGGACGCGCAAUUCCUUUCUUCCUAGGAGCUUUUGGUGUCCUCUUUCUAGAUGGUUUCAUGGGCGUGCAGUUCCUGAUGUAUGGCUCGCGGGACGACGAAUCUAUUAUCGAAGUCGAAGACCCUAAAGGUGGACGCAGCCGCUGGACUCGAGUUCGCGGCUGGAUGAGGGGCUGGAUCCCCUCUGUCUCCCCUCCGCGAACACCAGCGCAUAAUGCCAUCCCAGAGAACCAAUCACUGUUGACUGAGGAGCGUGAAAGAUAUGGUGCAGUUUGACUUAUACUCUUUCCUUUUUUUUUUUUUUUUUUUUUUUUUUUC